AUGACGGUCAAGUCACCCUUCUACAACAAGCCCUCGACCGCGACUAGUGUGGAUUCGUGCCACAAAUGCCCUUUAGAUUUUACCACGACUCCCAAGGACUCAAACGCAGUACCGGCUUCUACUCUCACAAAUCAAGCCCAGACUUUUCGUUCUGGCAUCGAGCAAACGCAAGUCACAGAUCGUUCCAACAGCAACAACAACAACACCUCUUCUUCUUCCAACACUCAUGUCGUUGCUGAACCGUGCAGCUCCAGUGCUGCGACAUCGGAUAUUGGAACAGCAUCCGUGACUUCGUGCUCGAACUGUGGCACCACCACUACUCCACUGUGGAGACGUUCCCCUCAGGGUGAAACCAUCUGCAAUGCAUGCGGCCUUUAUCUCAAAGCCCGCAACACUACUCGCCCGCCGUGGUUGAAGCGUAAUUCCACCAAGCGUCCUAUACUUUCCGCACCAGUUGCUCUGGCCCCUGCUCCACCCACUUUGACUCCCAUUGUGUCGCACAUUUCGCCCUCACCCGCUGCACCACAACGUCCUUUGCUCUCUUGCGCCAACUGCAGCACCACCACCACCCCUCUCUGGCGUCGUGACGAACAGGGCAACACCAUCUGCAACGCAUGCGGUCUUUAUUACAAGUUGCACAACGUCCAUCGCCCCAUGACAAUGAAGCGAUCGAUCAUCAAGCGU